GUGCCAAAACAUCAAAAUCAGAUGAAUGGAGAAUUCUUGAAUUACUAAAUAAAUGACCGGUUGACCCACAACAGUAACAAUCAUCCAUGGAAAAGAAGAACUGCAGCACGAAAUUCAGUUGAGUUGAUUGAAUCAUCAAAUUUCAGAUAUAGUACUCCAUAGUUAUUACACUUGAGUUUUCAAUGGCACCACCCCAGAUAGCCAUACUUGGAGCCGGCAUCUUUGUCAAGACCGAGUACAUUCCUAGAUUGUCUGAGAUUCCUGAUCUUUUCGUUCUCAAGGCCAUCUGGAGCCGCACUGAGGAAUCGGCCAGAGGAGCAGUUGAUAUUGCUAAGAAAUUCUUUCCGAGGGUGGAAUGCAAAUGGGGUGAUGCGGGUCUUAAUGAGAUCAUUCAAGACGCUUCCAUUGUUGCUGUGCUUGUGGUUCUUGCUGCUCAAUUUCAGGUGGAUUUAUCAUUGAAGUUGCUGAGGAGUGGAAAACAUGUUCUUCAGGAGAAACCAGCAGCAUCUUCCAUUAACGAGGUGAAAACUGCAUUGUCAAGCUAUAAUUCUCUUAGCACCAGUUUGCCUCGUCAACCAAUUUGGGCAAUUGCUGAAAAUUACCGAUUUGAACCUGCUAUUCUGGAGGGCAAAAAGCUCAUGCCUGAUAUAGGAGAUUUGGUAAAUUUUCAAAUUCUCGUGGAAGCUCCUAUGAAUAGCUCGAAUCCCUACUUCUCAAGUUCUUGGAGACACAACUUUACUGGGGGUUACAUUCUAGACAUGGGAGUGCAUUUUGUUGCAGUAUUGAGGAUGCUUGCAGGAUGUGAGGUAACUUCAGUCUCAGCCAUGACUUCUCAUGUGGACACCACUUUGCCGCCACCUGAUAGCAUGUCGUCAAUAAUUCAACUGGAGAAUGGGCGUUGUGGAGUCUUAGUAGCUAGUUUACCCGGCAAAACAUUGAAGAUCUUCCAUCGUUUCGUGGGUGUAAAGGGAACGCUGCAAAUUGAUGUCGAAAAUAGAGAAGGGAAGUUUGGAUACUCUGUUUCCCUGUUUACGGCUGACGGGCAAACCAAGAACUCCUACUACCCCUUCAGAGGCGUGACCGAAGAGCUCAAAACCUUUUUUAACGUUGUUUCACUGGCAACUGAAAAGCCUGGGCCUUUUUCUUCGCAGAAAGACUUGACCUUCCGAGCUGAACCUCGCCUUUCUGUUAUUGAAGGCGCCCGAGAUGUUGCCGUCAUAGAAGCAAUUCUCGAAUCUGGGAACAAGCAGGGGGCUCUUGUCCAAGUGAACAAAUUUUAGUUUGAAGUUAUGGGUUCAGCUGUUGUUGGCUGCCAUGUGAGUAGCAUGUAAUGUAACAUUCUUUAAUAUGAGAUGGGGCACAAAAACAUUACUACAAUAUGCAAUAAAUGUUUGGGGAUCUUGUAAUGAAGAACUAUCUUUCUUGAAGAGUGUACUAUGUUUGUGUCCU